GAAACAGGUUCCCUAACAGAGUCUGCGCAGUCGGGGGAACGCGCUUUUGCGCUUGCGCGCUUCUGCGGCGCCAGGUCCGGCACACAGUUUGAAUUUUAGUUCUGGAAGCAGAUCAGCUUUCACGGAUCAGCGUUUUGGCAGUAGACUGGUUCACUCACGCCCCAGCCGCAGCGAAGGAUCUUUGCUGCCACACUCCGCGAGGUCCCUGGCCCGGAAGCCGCCGGAGUCAUCGCUUAGCAGACGCUCGAAGGAUGGCCUCAGAUCUAGAACAGUUAUGCUCUUAUGUUAAUGAGAAGAUUGGCAAUAUCAAGAAAAUUCUGUCGAUAAGAAGUCUUGGCCAAGCACCUGCCUUGAAGACCACCUUAAGUAAAAUAGGAGAUGAGAUCAUUACAGUAAAUGAACUCCUAAAUAAGUUUGAAUUGGAAAUUCUGUAUCAAGAACAAACCAACAAAUCACUUAAGGAGCUCUGUGCAUCUCUGGAAGAUGAUUUUAAAGAUGUGGAGCAUCUCAAAGAACACAUUCCUUCCUAUUUGCCUCAAGUGGCAGCGACCCAGAGCUUGGUUAACCAGUCGGAUCUGGAUCCUAAAGAACCAGUCGAAGCUGAGGAGCCUGUACUGGCAAAGAAGCCUCCCAAAGAACAGAAAGUUAUUAAGGAAAUGCACUUUAUAACUACUGAUGAAUUCAAUGGUGUUCCUGCGUACAUGAAAUCCCGUUUAACAUAUUGUCAAAUUAAUGAUGUUAUUAAAGAAAUUAAUAAAGCAGUAGUUAGUAAAUACAAGAUUAUGCAUCAUCCAAAAGCAUCUAUGAAUUCUGCGAAGAGAAAUCUCUACCAAAGGUUUAUUAAUGAAGAAACAAAGGAUACAAAAGGUCGUUACUUCAUCGUGGAAGCUGACAUAAAGGAAUUCACGGCUUUGAAAGCUGACAAGAGGUUGUAUGUGAUCUUGAACAUCCUGCGGCAUUGCCAGCGACUGUCAGAGGUUCGAGGGGGAGGACUCACCCGAUAUGUCCUGACCUGAGGCUUUUGCAGGCUUGGGACUGACUGGCAGGAUACAGGGUAUAGAGGAUAGUCUUGAAAUUUCAUAUGUAACGUUUUUAGCUUCUGCAUUUCCUGGUCUUGUUCCUUACAGAAAUAAAACUUUGUUUGGAUAAAGUA